UCUGUUGCUUAAACCUGCAGUCGCCGUUACCUCCGCCGCCGGUAACCGUCCACUCCGCCGUACAUCGGAAACAAUCACCAAACCGCCGCCGCAAAUGCUUCACCUCCUAGUGGAAGAGCCGUUACCACUGCCGCCGCCGCAGCAGCAUCCAUCCCCUCCACGGCCCAAUAUUAUUCCAAAGUACCCUCAGAAUGCGCUGAAUCAACAAAGCUUCGAGUCAAGUUACAGAAUUGUUUGCAACCAUUUACUCGACUUCACCCGCUCAAAGAGUCUCCUUCGCGGCCAAUCUCUUCACGCCUACAUCCUCAAAUCGGGGCUGCACUUAGUGCCACUCAUCUGCCACCACUUAAUCACUUUCUACUCCAAGCUCGAGCUGCCGUAUUGCGCGGAGCACGUUUUCCACGAGACGGAGUUCAAGUCGUCGACAACUUGGAGCGCAAUCAUUUCAUCAUUUACUCAGAACGAGCUCCCGUUGCGUGCGCUUGAGUAUUUCAAGUCGAUGCUAAGGAACAACGGAAUGUUUCCCGACGAUCAUAUCUUUCCACUGGCAACAAAAGCGUGUGCGAUGAUCAAUGGAUACAGUUUGGGGCAAUCGGUACACUGCUUAGCAUCGAAGAUUGGGUAUGAUGUGAAUGUUUUCGUGGGAAGCAGCGUUUUGGAUAUGUACGCAAAAUGUGGGAAUUUGAGGGAUGCGAGGAAGGUGUUCGACGAAAUGCCUGACAGAAAUGUAGUCUCGUGGAGUGGAAUGAUCUACGGUUAUGCACAAAUGGGAGAUGAUGAAGAAGCUUUGAGGCUAUUUAAAGGGGCAUUGGACGAAGGUAUGGAUGUGAAUGAUUUUACAUUCUCGAGUGUAAUUCGAGUUUGUGGCAAUUCGACGUUGUUCGAAUUAGGGCAACAAAUGCAUUCUCUGUGCCUGAAAAUGAAUUACGACAAAGCAAGUUUUGUAGGGAGUGCUUUGAUCUCUAUGUACUCGAAAAGUGGUAUGAUCGAUGGUGCUUACAGAGUGUUCGAAGAAGUUUCGGACAAGAAUUUAGGGAUGUGGAACUCAAUGUUGAUCGCCUGUGCUCAGCACGCUCACACGAAGAUGGUAUUUGAUUUGUUUGAGAAAAUGGUAAGCCGAGGGACGAAACCAAAUUUCAUUACAUUUCUGUGUUUGCUCUAUGCGUGUAGCCACACAGGUUUGGUGGAGAAAGGGAAGCAUUAUUUCGAAAUGAUGGAGGAUUAUCGAAUAGAGCGAGGAAGUCAACAUUAUGCAUCAAUGGUUGAUUUGCUUGGAAGAGCCGGGAAAUUGGAUGAGGCCAUGAAGUUAAUUAAUGGGAUGCCUCUUAAUCCGACAGAAUCUGUCUGGGGUGCUUUAUUGACUGGCUGCCGUAUUCAUGGAAACACCAAUUUGGCGAGUGCUGUGGCAGAUAGGGUCUUUGAAUUAGGGCCUGUAAGCCCCGGCCUGCACGUGCUUCUAUCGAAUGCUUAUGCUGCUUCUGGAAGAUUCCAAGAAGCUGCAAGAGCACGGAAGAUGCUCAAGGAUCGUGGACAGAAAAAGGAGACGGGUUUGAGCUGGGUGGAAGAAGGGAAUAAGAUUCAUACUUUUGCUUCGGGGGAUAGGAGACAUGAACUCUCGGAGGAAAUUCACAGAAAGAUCGAGGAGUUAGGGGAGGAAAUGGAACGAGCUGGUUAUGUUGCAGACACGGCUCAUGUGUUGAAAGAAGUUGGGGCUGAAGAGAAGAGUGAGAUGAUUAGGUAUCACAGUGAGAGACUUGCUAUAGCUUUUGCCCUCAUUACAUUCCCUCCGAAACGACCGAUUAGAAUCAUGAAGAACUUGAGGGUGUGCGGUGAUUGCCAUGUUGCUAUAAAGUUCAUAUCCAAAUGCACCGGUAGGAUAAUCAUUGUGAGGGAUAAUAAUCGGUUCCAUAGGUUUGAAAACGGGGAAUGUUCUUGUGGUGAUUACUGGUGAUUGAUUAAACUUGUAAGAAUUUGGAUUUGAUCUCGGUUGUUGGCAAAGCUGAGCGGUUGUUCGUUGCUUGCCUUCUUCCUGUGGUGGUCGAUUUUUACAACGCUGUUUUUCCCCAGCAAUCCAUCUGCCUGUGGAGUUUUUCGACAGACAAAGGGGAAUUAUUGAGGAAGACAAAUUAGGGCAUGAGAUAGCUCAAAUCUCAUUUCCUAUGGUACUAGCUCUAACUGCCGACCCUCAUUCAUCCAUCACAUUGGUAAGAAGUCUCCUCUGAUCGACCCAAUUGAAGUACUUAAACAUUGAGGUCACUCGGUGCUCCAGCCAUUCUUCUGCCAUUGGUGAUAGCAAGGUGUUUUUUGGUUAAUUUUUCUACCUACUUGUCAAUUAUCUCUAUAUGUUAUCAUGAACUUUUUGCGGAUAUAUACAUAUAUUAUUUCUA